AUGUUGACCAAUCCAAGAACAUGGCCGAGACGUCGCAAAUGGAAUAUGACUCUGGUCGUCGCCAGCUUCACUCUCAUCCCACCAAUCUCUUCGUCCAUGGUUGCGCCAGCACUUAGCACCAUGGCGAGUGACUUAAAAAUCACGAGUAGUGUCGAAUCGCAACUCACCCUUACCAUUUUUAUGCUCUCCUUCGCCAUUGGUCCAUUGUUCAUCGCACCUAUUUCUGAAACUAUUGGGAGAGCCCCUGUCUUGCUAGUAUGCAAUAUGAUUUACCUGUUGUGGAAUCUUGGGUGCGGACUUGCGAGGAACAAAGUAGAAAUGAUCUGUUUUCGGGUUUUAGCUGGAAUCGGAGGAAGUGCACCAAUGGCAGUAGGCGGUGCUGUGAUCAGUGACCUUUGGGAUCCAGAGGAUCGCGGCAAAGCCGUCGGUAUAUACAGCCUAGGUCCGCUGUUAGGGCCUGUCAUCGGUCCAGUUGCUGGUGGCUUCAUAGCUGAACGAACAACAUGGCGAUGGGUUUUUUAUGCAACCAGCAUUGUUUCAGGUAUUAGUGAAGCGCUUGGUUUUUUAUUUCUACGCGAAACAUAUGCUCCUGUCUUAGCUAGACGGCACUGUGAGAAAGCCGACAUGAGCGCGGCUGCUGCUCAUCCAGAGCCCCUAUCAAAAAGGUUGCAACAGGCACUUAGGCGACCGUUCUACUUUCUAGUCACGCAGCCCAUAAUCCUGGUUGUCUCCAUCUAUCUUGCAUAUAUUUUUGGUGUGAUGUACCUGUUGAUCUCAACGUUCCCGAAUGUAUGGACUAAAAUAUACGGCGAGAGUAUCGGCAUUGGCGGCUUGAAUUAUCUCUCUCUUGGAAUUGGCUGUAUAAUCGGUGCACAAAUCAACGCAAGAGUCAAUGAUGCUUUAUACCGUCGUCUUAAGAAACGCAAUAAUAACAAAGCCGAGCCGGAGUUCCGUGUACCGCCCAUGUUUGUGAGCUCUGCAUGCAUCCCCAUCGGCUUGUUCUGGUACGGCUGGAGUGUCCAGGCUCGGGUGCACUGGAUAAUGCCUAACAUUGGUAUCUUUAUUUUCGCUUUAGGUACCAUUAUUUGCAUGCAAUGUAUGCAGAUUUAUGUGAUUGACAGUUAUACUGUGAACGCAGCAAGUGGUCUAGCUGCAACAGGUCUUCUGCGGAGCUUAGCUGCCUUUGGAAUUCCGUUAUUUGCACCUGCUAUGUAUGAUGCAUUGGAAUACGGAUGGGGAAACAGCGUGUUGGGUUUUGCGAGUAUUGCCAUAGGCGUGCCUGCACCAUUCAUGUUCUGGGUAUAUGGCAAGCGAUUGCGUGAGACUUCGAAGUUUGCUGCGUCGAAAUGA